CACAGUUUAAAUAUAGGCUACAAGUUGUAGCCUGUAAAUAAAUCACAUCAAUUCCUAGUGAUUUUACAAGUUCAGCCAUCACGUUACGACGCCACGUAAAGGAAUUCUAAUUUCGUUUAUAUUCGAGAAUUGAUACCGAUUUAAAAUUACGUGUAACACACCAGAGUAAUAGUCUGCCAUGAAGAUUGUGUUUAAACCUCGAGAAUGCUUCUGACAAAAACAGUUAAAUCAAUUGCGUGUGAAGCCACAAACAGUAGAAUAACAGCAUGAUGACGAUGAUGAUGAUGCAACGACUCAUGUGUCAUCAAACUCAGCAGCAACAACAACAACAACAAACACAGUCACUAACACAACAGCAGCAGCAAAUCUUACAACAAAAUCCUUCCGGAACCAAUUCAACGUCCGGUUCUAUCCGAUCGUCAACUCCUCCACGACUUUUGGCCUUUGGUCAUCAUCAAUUUCACCGGAUCCAGAACAGCGAAACACCUUCCGUUCCUUCCAGCAUCGACACUAGAGUGAGAAAUGUCGAGACAUUAGAAAGUCGAAGUAGAAGUAUCGAUAUAGUAAGAGGAGACAGUGAUAAGCUUAUUGUGGACGUUUCGUCAGUUACCAAAAUGCAUCAGGCGUCGGGGAUGAGUUGCACAGACGCCGCGAGUCCGCAGCCUGACCACAGCGAUGCAGAGGAACUCCAAAGAGAUGAAAAUAAUAGAUCCAGGCACUUUCGUGGCACCAGAGAAGACGACGUGACAGAGACUAAAGCACUGAUAGAAAAAAUAGAAUCAGAGCAGGAUAUGGGCGUGGAAGGAGACGAGGAGGAUCUUCAAAUGAAUGACGAAAGUGAAGAAGAAGAAGAACUGAACGUAGAAGAUGAAGAUCAGGAAGGAAAUGAUCUUCUGUCGUCCCCAGUAGACUUGACAAAUAGGCAUCAUUCGAACGCGCAUUUAAUGUUAACAAAUCACAGGCUGAUGCAGACUUCAGAAAUUAUGGACUCGCAUUCUCCUGUUAUGUGCAAUACAAAUUCAUUGUCGUCCUCGCCAAAAGGUGAUACUUCAGGGAACGUUCUGGACAAGACCUCAAGGUCUAACUAUAGGUCAGAGAGUGUGUCGAGUGUGGGGUCUGGGUUGUCAGUGGGCGGUAAUAGUGGUGGAGGUCCAUCGACCACAACCGCCAGCAACGGGCGAAGAAAUCUUGCCUUUUCUGUGGAGAAUAUCCUAGACCCGACCAAGUUCACGGGCCGGGGUCCGUUACAGCAACCGGUCGGUCGGCUGGUGGCUGUUCCGCGCCUCGCGGGCGAGCCUGGCGGCCACGUAUCGGCAACGGCCUGCUGUUGGCGCCCGCACCUCGACACGGCUUCCCCGGACCGGACCGACGACAACUCAGGAAAGGAUCUGCUGCACGAUCUGGAUGACACAAGCAGCAACAGGGAAGAACUAGGAAGUGACGUCAGUGAUGAACGAGACGGAAAGAGCAACAACGGCAGCAACAGCAGCGGAGGCGGUGGGGGCGGCGGAGGCGGCAAGAAGAAGAAGUCGGGAAACACCGCGGGCAGCAUUGGAAACAGUGGUACCGGAAGUGACGGUAAAAGCGGAAGUGGUAGUGGUAGUGGUAGUGGCGGUGGUAAACCUCGAAGAGCGCGAACUGCGUUUACAUACGAACAGCUAGUAGCACUGGAAAACAAAUUUAAGACAACGCGUUACCUCUCAGUCUGCGAACGACUGAAUCUAGCUUUGUCUCUGUCACUAACGGAGACACAAGUGAAAAUUUGGUUUCAGAACAGGAGGACUAAGUGGAAGAAGCAGAAUCCAGGUAUGGACGUGAACAGUCCCACUGUCCCGCCUCCGCCUGGGCCUCCAGGUCCGCCGUUUCAAGGGGGCUACUCUCACCACCAGCACGCCGCAGCGGCCGCGGGACUGUUGUAUUCGGCCGCUCACCACGUCCCAUAUCCGUAUCCUCUGCCCCCCGGCGCGGGCCCCCCAGCAUCGCAGAGCUACACAGGACACCCGUACUUUCAUCAUCUGAGCAACCACCACUCGCUGGGGCAUUCAUCGUGAGACUAUGAUGGCUUCUUCAAGGAGCAUCUUGUAGUGUAGGAGGCUGAGAAAGUCGCUUACCGCUUUCUUAGAAGUUCAAAUUGUUCAGGAUAAGGAUAAAAUGUUAAGGUAAUUCCCACUUUUACGACAAAAUGCUUCUCUGGAGUCCCCGUCCUCAAUCGGAUCGCAUUACAACGGGCCACAAAUUCCCGACAGAUUUAACCAUCGGCCCUGCAUGACGUCGGUCAAAUCGACAGAUGCGUUGCAAAUCGAUCUACUGCCAGCAUUUCGUUUGUUGUUGUUAGGGGAGAGAUGACUCCUUGGACUAUUCAUCCGAAGUCUUCAACGCGUCUGAUACUAAGAUGCCGCCAAACUCUUGUGUGAAGGCGUCAGCGCGUCUAGACGCAGAGUUCUGACUGCAACAGACAACUGCAGGCUGCCACAAUAUGCAACUACACAACAGAUUUCCAAGAAUUAACUUUAAAAAAAAUAGGAAACCUGAUUACAACGGAAUCCUCAAAGAUUUUCUUCCGUUUAAAGCAGUUUUAUAUGUAUCACUAGUAGGGCCUAAAGAUGGCUGUCUUUUGGAUUGUUGGCACCGUGGACAGGCCCACUAUUUGCCUCCCUCUCCCUUAAAAUUACUUUAAGAAAGAGGCAUCUAGCUCUCUGGUCUGUGAAAAAUUUGACGCAUGUCACUUUGUCAUUUUUAAAGCACACACGACUAAAAAAGGUUUUAUUGAGAAUCGUGAGAUACAACUCAUGACAAAGGCAUGCAACUCUGACUAAUGUUUGCUGCCUUGUUCGACGACUCCUAGAAGGGUAAAUUAUCCUAUGAUUCAUACAACUAUAAAACCUUCAGUAAAAAAGGACCUAAAUUCUUUCCAUAACUAAAGAUUUUUUUUUUCGACAAGGUAAAUACGAAAAUUCGAGACAAUCUGCUGCAAUAUGAAUCACAUAUGAAUACAUCUAUUGUCAGUGAUGUACAAGUUUUGUUUCCUUGAAGAUAAAAUUGAGUUUUCUUGUCGCAAGUGGCCCUAACAGAUGUCAAAUAAUUCCGUAACUUUCGUUAGUGGUUUCAUUACACAAAACUGUUUGUUAUUGGCCAUCGUCUGACGUAACUUAGCCCUACACGUGAUACACCAGACAUUUCAGAGAGUUGCUGAUAAUGAGCAAGCCUGUAAUUGUUUGUAACUUAUUACGCAUAGCUUGUGUACAAUCAUAUUAGACCUAGUUUGCACAAGAUACUGGUUGCUUGUACACAAAUGUGAGUUUAAAUACUGUCACUUAUUAUCGCAAUCAACAUCACUGUUAAAUAUACCGUAAUCAUAUUAAUUUAUUAGCAAAAAUGAAAAGAUUGACUGUAUAGAGUUCGAACAGGAGCUUACGCAUGAGAAAACGUUCAAGAAUUUUCCUUUGCCAAGUAUGAGGCCUACAUACGUUUGCGUUCAUCCACAUUUUAAAACAUUUUCAUGUGCUAUUAUCUAUAGAAUUGUAAGUCAGUAUAAGUAAUCAAAACUUGACAAAACGCAAUUAUCAUCAGUAGACCUGACAGAACAUUCCUUCCACUGUUCACAAAUAUUCACUUCUGGAUUAAAAUAAGUAAUAAAAAUAACCUACUAACAGGUGUUACCUCUACUAAUAACGACCCAGUACCUUGUGCAUGGCUAUAAUGUUGAUUGUCUUCAUAAAUACAGCAAUUUUAAACACUUUCUAACCGAGAUAAUGAGUCUAAGACAAAUAGGUCCACUGCUGUAUUUAAACAGCUGCGUGUUAACUUCAUUACACAGAAUAAUAAAUAAACAAGCAUUCGCUCAUAUCAUGCAGAGAGCAUAGAAUAUUAUUUAUACAUAAUGUCCUGAAUGUUGUUAUAAAACUACUAUUUCGUUUGUUAUUUUUAACUUAAAAGGAUUACGAUUCUAAUUAUGAAAUACUGUGACUUAAGUGACGCUGAUAAUAAAUGAUCCUGUAUUUAAAUAGUUAAAACCAUUUUUCAACUCAUGCAUGUGUAUGAUCCUUAAUCAUGACCAAUCUUGGCUACAGUUUGGAAUUGGUUGCAGGCUUAUUGCCUAAAUUCGAAAUGACUGCCUUUUCAUUUCUUUCAAAAUGUUCAGAUUAUUUACCUUUCAAUUAGAGAUGAUCAAUAUUGUUUAUAGUUAAAUUUACAGACGAAAGAUAUUAACAAAAGACGCAGCUUAUAAACCAAGUGCAAGGUUUUGUGAUGAAAAAGUACGUAGCUUCAAUCUAAUCAACUUGUGAGAAAAAAUCAACACAAUUAAAGCAAUCGUGAGCAAUUAUAUCUGCGCUGCCUUAUUUGAUAAAUUUAUAUUCUGCAGGUCUUCAAGUCAGUAUUUAUUUUGCUUGUUAAUCAUAAUUCAAAACUCGGUUUGGUGUACGAAUUUCCUUCAGUUUUCAACAUAUUCACAUUAUUUAUUUUUGUUAUCCUAAAUUCCAUUUAAAAUAUUAUCCUCUUGUAAUCUAUAUGUUAUAGCCUAUAUUCACUCCAGUGUUUAUAUCGAAGAGUGACUCAGUACUGCUCUUGAAAAAGCAUUUCAACAGCUUCAUGCCCCUGUUUAUUAUUUGUUAAUACCUUCCAGACUUGAAACGAUAAUUUUAUUAGCAAUAAACGCGUGAGCAACAUUUUAACCCAACAAACAAUAUUUUCAACUUUAGAAUUUAAAUUAAGUCCCUUUACCUUAAAACAAAUCCUGUUUUCUUUAGAAAGCCAGUUUUAUUUCGAUAGGUCAGCCGCGAAUAAAGUAGCUAAUUUCCGAGAGUUGAUCUGUUGCUCAUCCGAACACCGAUCUUUCUGCGCCACAUUUAGACCAACAGUUUUGUAAUAAUUGCUUCUUCUUCUCCUUCUUAUUCUUGCUUCUCUGCCCUCUCUAAUUUAGACUUGAAAUGGCGGACGUCUCGACACUAAAUCAUUCGUCGGCAGUAAUUCUGUCUUCUUCACGAGGCAACGGACUAAGUGGCCUGACUUACUUCAUGUUGCUUGCUACAUGUAACGGGUCAC